CUGAAUCGAAAUAUUAAUAAAAUAUGCAAAAUGGGGAAAUACAGAGGAAAGUAACAGUACAUUUUUUGUCAUCCGGUAACUAUUAGAGCAGAUAUCACACAAUCAAUGAAACAUAAAUACUAUCGGAUGAACCCGCAUCCACCUCUAUGUCGGCGCCGGUUAUAAUAAAUUACACAAGUGCAAAGAAAUAGUAUAAUACAAAAAUGCCGGGAUUUCGAAUGCCCUCCAACCGGACACUGGGAAACAUAUGCGUUUACGGCGCCGUUGCAUCCAUAUCUGCGGUCAUGUACAUGCGCUGGAAGAUGGAGGACCGGGUGAAAUCCUGUGAUUACUACAAACUGGCCAUCAGUGCUCUGAGACACCACAAGGGAGCUGUGAAGCUGCUGGGUGAACCCAUCAGAGAGUCGGGCAUUGAUCUUUCCAACGCAAAUAACAACUGCAAUGCGGAGAAGGCGCAAUUGGAGGUCUCAGUGCAUGGCAGCAAGGACAAAGGAACCUUGUACUUCUGGGCGUCCCAUCUGCCAGACAAAGGCUGGCUGAUUGACCGACUAGAGCUGGAAACGAAGCGUAAUCCAGACAAGCGUUUCCUGCUCAAGAAACCCGAGGAUGUCCCGGACUAUGUUGUGCCCGAGUCUCAUAACGCACAGCAGUGGGCGAAUGCCACAUUGCCCUACCCGCCUCACCAAUCAGAAUCCACGCAGCAGGAGAACGCGACUAAGAGGAUCUAUGAACAGUCGCUAAACGAACACCCACAACAACCAGAGGAGCAGCAGGAGGCAGGAAACUUAAAGAGCCAUUAAUUGGGUUAUAGAAAUGUAGUAACAAUUUCCGAUUUAGUUAGUUUAUUCUUAUUAAAUUUGACUAAUUCAAGCAAUCUUAAAUGUUUCAUAUUUAAGGUAUUUUAAUUACACAUUUAUUAUUGUUGUUGUUUGUUAAAAAAUCAAAGUCUUUUGUUGAUGAAAAGCUGGCUAAAAUGUCAUUUACUUAGCUGCCUAUGCUAAUAAUGUUCGGGUAAUGGGGGAAGCGUUUGAGUUGAGAAAACUUGACGGGAUGAAUGUGGGUAGUACUAAGUGGACUACUAUGCAUGAGACAGGCUCUAAUAAUAGUUGAAAUACAUUCAAUCGGAGGCGCAGUUCCAAGUGUUUUGUCCAAAUUAAGCAUUCUUACAAUUGGACGGGACGGGAUGGGCCCACACACGAGCUACGCUGCUCAUACAUAUAGUGCACUGAUCUUGUGUUUGUUGAUGAUUGUUUAAAAUUAGAAUAAUACAAUACAUAAGUCAGAGUACUCGUACAUGAUAAAAACCGCGUUUAAUGCUCAUUCUUAAACGAUAAAGGCGACAAUUGGUGGCGAGUGUAACCCAAACGAGGCAACAGCGCAUCAUUCAUUGUCCAAACUCAUUUAAUUGAAUCAUCUCUGAUCGUAAUUAAAUUUAUAUGCAGCUAUGCAUGUGCAGUGCAGUGCAUUCAUCGUUAGUUAUAGUAUAUAACACAUUGUAAAUACACGUUGUAUAUAUAUAUGUACGCAUGUAUGUAUAUGUUGUAUGUGUGUAUGUGUAUAGGCAAAUUACAGACAUUUAGUUUUAACUUGUA